UAAUGAUAUAUAAGGAUGAUCGGACGUACGCGCAUCCUGGACAGAAUCAUGAAGCAUAGACGCACGCAUCCGUCUGUCCCGUCUGUCUGCUCGGCGACACAGAUCGGCCCAUGCGCGUCCACACACGGUCCAUCCUCGGCCGCAGCGGCUCGCUCUCUCUGUACAUACAUGCAGCGAAGGUGUUAACCAUUCAAUAAAUCAGUCACGAUGCCGCCUCAAUCCCGUACAGAGCUACAUGCGCAUUCAGUCAGUCGUCUUCCUCCCUCAUUUCCUCGUCCUGGUCCUGGGACUCGCGCGUCUUCUUUUUGUCCUUCUUCUCCUGAUCGUGAGCGAAUGGAUAACACACACCGACACCGACACAGGUAGGAUGAACCAGGCUAACACGCGUGUGCCGGGGGAAGGAGUGACCAACGGACUGACUGACUGGCGGAGCUACCUACCUUGUCUUUGUGCUUGUCUUUGUGUUUUUUCUUCUUCUCCUUUUUGUCCUUUUUCUUUUUCUCCUUCUUGUCGUCACCGCCAGACGACUGAUCGACAUUCCGGCCAGAAGAUGGACACACAGGAGGACCACACGUGAGUGAGGUGUUUGCCCGUCUUUCAUACGAAGGGCACCUGACUGCAUUCCAUUCCUACCUUGUGUUUCUUCUUGGGUCGCUCCUCGUCAUCGUCGUCAUCAUCGUCCUCGUCGGCGUACUCUUCGUCCUCAGAGUCCUCUGCAGACAGAAGUAAUGUCACACCAUAGAUGUGGGUGUUGUCAUGCCCCGUGUUGUGGCGUGUUUUGACGUAUGGGCCUAUGUGGGGAGGCAAGCGGCGUGCCUCCCUCAGUCCAUCGACUGACUGACCGUCAUCCAUGUCUUCAUAGUCCUCGUCAUCGUCCUCAUCGGACGGCAGAUCUGAUUGACAAUAUGGAGAGCCAGACGGGCAGACGGGCAGACGUAUGUGUGUUGGUUUGCGGAGGGAGGGGGUGUUGGUUUGCGGAGGGAGGGGGAGGGGUACGGUACCUCCAGCAAAUACGUCGGCAUUGUCCUUGGCCUUGGACUCCUUCGUCUGCACACAACAUCCGCACAUAAUGGAAUGCAUGCUUGCGUGAUGGCUCCAUGGUCCAAAGGCAGGCACCUGCUGCAGGUUCUUGAUGUUGAGUUUGGCCUCGUUCUGGAUGAAAGCAACCAGCGCCUGAACUCACACAAACACCGCACCGCAUAGCGUCUGUGAGCGUGGCUGCGUACGUAAAUGGUUCGUACGAUCCAUGUAUGUGCGUACGUACGGUGUAUUCGUGUCGGUCGACGGACGAGAAGAGAUGCUCAUCACCGCCCUUGACGUACACCUGACAUAUAUAUGCGACACAUGCCAGAGCCACGCACACAUACGUUGGUACACAUCGACGCAGCUCCUCGAUUGGAUUUGUGUGUAUGUACUUUGAACUCAAAGUAUUUGGUCUGCGAUCCGACGGUGCGGGAAAACUCCACUGACAAGACGUCCUCAUACCUGACGGGCACAUGACGGGUGAGAGGCAGACAGAAAAGAAGAACAAAGAAAGUGGCAGAGAGGACGAAUGGACACGUAUCCAUCUGUGCGGGUGCCCCAAUCGGCCGACCAUACCGAAUGUAUAUGACGGGUUUUGGGAUGAAGAUGAAGCCGCGCUGCAAAGGGUACAGAUGGCCCGCCGCAGCCUUGUUGCUGCACGCGAUGCACUGCAUGCAUGUGAGAACACAGAGAGAGGGAGAGAGAAGGGAGUGUCGUGUGUCAUGUGACCCACCCCCCCAUCCACCGACCGAUGUGUCAGAUAUGGCGCUCUUGAACUUCUGCGAGGGCAUGAUGGCCGGCUUCUCAGUCAAUCCCUUUACCAAACGCGUCAACACGUCAUACAUGCGACCUGCGCCCCCACAAACAAACAAACAAACAAACAAACAGCACCCCUGCCCUCUAUCUGCCCAUCCAUCCAUCUGGCCCUCUGCCUUCGUGUGCGCCUACCGGUCAUGUUGGCCUCUAGUUUCUGCUUUGCAAAUCUGUCGGAGUUGAGUUCCUCGUCGGUCAGGUUGACGUCCAGGGUGAUGGUGUGGUCGGAGGGGAAGUUCAUGACGACAAAGGGGUACCUCGUCUGGCCCUGGCGCAUCGGCACGUCUAGCGCUAUGAUGACCGCCACGUGAAUGCCGUCCGCACGCGGCAACAGAAAGAACCUGAACGUAUUACAGGACACCCAGCACACAGGACAACACAUGCGUGAGUGCUUGUGAGGAUGGGCGUGUGUGCGUGCCGGCAGGUAGACAGACAGACCUGUUGAUGGUUUUGUAUCUGACGGUGUAGUCGAAUGACUUGCCGUGCAGCUUCAUGGACGUCUUGAACAGGUCGAUGUCGUACUUGCCGCGCGGCACCAGGAAGGGCACGUCGGCGAGCGACGCCACCGGCUGCAAGCCCGUCGUCGACACACCAGCUUUCUCAACCAGCACCUACACAACGACAUACAGCCAUCCAGCCAUCCAGAGAGAGGUCAAUGAGUGCACGUGUGGGAGGGUGGGUGUGGGUUUCAUGAGUGUGUACGUUUCUGAGCUCCGUGGCGAUGUCCCGCGCCUCUCCCGCGGCCUCGAUGGCCCUCGGCGGGAUGUAGAAGCGCACCUCCAGCAACUGAUCGUCGAGCUGAUCCCUGAGACAGACAGACAGACAGGGGUUCAUGUACAGCGCGCGAUGCAGGUGAGCUAUAUUGUGGGCGCGCAUGUGUGUAUAAGUAUAUUGAUUGAUAUACCCACCCACCUGCUGUCGUCCUGGUGGAACUCGAUUGCGAUGUCGUUUUUGGAUGGGUUGGUCACCUGCGCCAUGUCGGCGGCGUGCAGGUCGAAGGCAGGCUUGCCGUCGACGUCGAAGAUGAAAUUCUUGCCUGCGAUCACGCACAGACAAAUCCAUAUAUCGUGGUGGCUGAUUGAUGUGUGUUGCAUUGCGUGUAUGGCGUGUGCGCUAUCUCUCUCCUCUGUGUGUGCUCUGUGUUGGCAUGACGUGCCUUCGAAGGUGUAGUUGCCCCAGUGCCAUCCGCGUGUGCCAAUGCGGACGAUUUUGGGGUCAAUCUUGAAAUACUCACGGAAGUGAUUCGCCAGCUUCUCAGCAUCCUGACACACCACAUGUACACCACACGUCAUGAGCUGCCCCCUCACGCACCAACCCACCAGCCCAUCCUGUUCCUCCCUCACCGAUUCUUUGAAUCCGUCGAAUCGGUUGACGUCGCCGGUCGUCAUGCUGAGUUUGAGCUGCCAUGAGUCUCUGCUCGUGCGCAUGAUCUCGACCUUCUCCACCUCGUUCGGCUUGUACGUGUGGACGUGCUUCUCGGCGCCAGCACGACGCCACCCAAAGAUGGUCUCAGUCAUCUUGAACUGACCCUGACACAGCACAAGCAAGGUUGACACACAACACACAAUUCGCAACGGGCACGGCUCACGCGCGCACAAAACACCACCGAUGGACGGAUUCAGGAGGCGAGAUGCCUCCCUCCCUCCCUCCCCUCCCCUCCCCUCCCGUUUGCUGCUCUCGCCGCCCUUCUUCCUUGACUGCAUCCCGUCCGUGCGCACCGCGCCUAUCUUUCUCUCUGUCUGUCUGCGUGCGCUGCGUACCGGUUCGUUGCGUCCGAACGCCCGAAUGUUCUUGAAGGCUGCCGACGCGCCUGGCUGGCCGCCACCACCAGAAGCAGCGGCAGCGGCUGCGGCAGCCGGUGGCUCCGUCAUCUAUGGCUUGGUUCUCUCUGUCUCGUGAUCUGUGCUCCAAAAUCGGGGGUUGAUUGGGGUUGGAGGAAAGGUUGGCGAGUCAACAGACGCACGUUGUG